AUGCUUUUUAACAUUAAAGAAAAUGAAAUAAAAAAAAAAAAAAAAAUUUUAUUAUUACUUUUUUUAUUUUUAAUUUAUGAACAAUGUUUGUUUAAAUUUGUUUAUUCAUUUGCUAUUAGUAGAAGAUCAUUAGUAUUAAAUUCUUUAGGAGACAAAAAUGGAGGGGCACAUGUUAAAAAAAAAAAAAUAAAUGAGAACAAGAAACUUCUGCUGGAUAUCGGAAACAGUCUUAAAGAAAAUGAUGUACAAAAAUCACUUAUACAUCUUGACAAUUUACUAAAUAAUUAUGAACAUGAUAAAAAAUUUUCAAAAAGCAUGAGUAUGCUUUGUGGUAAUGUUUUGAAUUUAUGUAGCAGAUUUAAUGAUAUUAAUAAUAUGGUAAAAAUUAUUGAAAGUAUGAAAGAAAAGAAGAUAGAAAUGCUUGAAAAUUCAUAUCUAGCUAUUUGUAAUUAUUAUAUCUCAAAUAAUUAUAUAUAUGAAUAUUUAUUAACAAUUAAUAAAAUGAUAGAAAAAAAUAUAACAAUUAGGGAACGCUUUUAUAAAUAUAUUUUGGUUCGAAUUAUAGAUCUCCCAUUAGACGAACCAACCUAUGAAAAGAUAACAAAUUUAAAUAAUAGCUUAAAUGGGAAUAUUAAUGAAUAUGAAGGAAAUAACCGAAUAAAAAAUUUUAGAAAAAUAAAUAACAAUAAUGAAAAAUGUAAUAAUAACAUGGAACAGAUAAAUGUAAAAAGCAAACGAUGUCAUUUAGUAAAUAAUAUAGACUAUGAUAAUUUUAAAGAAUAUGGCAUAAAAUUAAAUAAAUAUAAUAUAAAUUUAGAAGAAGAAGAUAAAAAAUAUAUUUUAAAUAAUUAUUUAAUAAUCGAUAUAUUUAAUCAUAUGAAUUUAAAUAAAAUAAAAAUUAAACUUAUUUAUGUUUUGAAACUUAUUCAUUAUGUGUAUGAAAAUAUACAACAUGUUAUAAAAAAAAUUGAUGGUAAUUUUAUUUUUAAUGAUAUAAAAAAAGACAAUUUAAAAAAUAAUAAUAAAAUAAAUAUUCUUAAAAAUAUACUUAUGGAACAAAUACAAACUAUUUUAGAAUUGUAUAAAAAUAAUUAUGAAUCAAUGAAUAUAAAUAUAAAAAAAAUUCAAGAAAAUUUAGACGAAGAGGAAAAACGAAAUUUAUAUUAUUGUGUUAAUAAAAUAGUUAAAAAAAUUCCAUUUAUUAAAUUAACAGAAAAUAUUAAAAAUACUUAUAAUUGUAAAAAUUGUGAUGAAAAUAUAAAUACAUAUUUCCUUACACUUAAACAAGUUAUAAUAGCCAUUAUUAAUAUCAUACUUAUUACUCACCUUUUUAAUUCCAAAGAAAUUUUUAAAAUUAAGCAUUUUUUUUCAAUACUCAACGGAAAUGCUGGCACGCAAGCCUCAUGCACACAAACUCCCUGCACACAAACAGCCUACGUACAAAAUGGAAACGCAAACCUCAUCAAUGAACAGGUUGAAAACGCAAACCUCAUCAAUGAACAGGUUGAAAAACAUCAAGAUUGUAAAAAAGGUAGCAAGAAUGAAAUAAAAGAAAAUUUUCAAAACACUGGAGAUAUAAACAAACAUUUUAAUGUUGGAACAUAUACAUGUUUAUUGGAUGGAGCAAAUAUUGGAUAUAAUAAACAGAAUGUUGAAAAUGGACGGUUUAGUUUUUUACAAAUAGAAGUAUUAAAAGAAAUAAUAAAAAAAAAAAAAAAUGAAACACCUUUAAUAAUAUUACCAAAAAUAUAUCAUUAUAAAAAUUCGUUAAAAUAUUUACAAGGGGAACGAGAAAAUGAAGAAGAAAAUAAUUCAGAUAUUUUUAUACCAAACAAAACAAUAAAAAUAAAAAAAAAAAAUAUAAUGAGUCAAGGAAAAAACGACAGUAAGAAUGACAGAAAAAAUGACAGUAAGAAUGAUAAUAAACAAAACGAUGCUCUUUCAUAUAUAAAAAAAAUUUUUAAUAAAUUAGACAAUACAGAUGUUAAUAUAAUAAAAAAAUGGGAAAAAGAAAAGUGUCUAUAUAUAUGUAAUUAUAAUAUGUAUGAUGAUUAUUAUUAUAUAUUAGGAAGUUUAGCAAAAGGAAAUAAUUUAUUUAAUAUAUAUUAUUAUAUAGACAUGUUAUCAAAACAUUAUUUUACUUGCGAAAAUUUAAAUCAUAAUAUAAUUAUAGAUUAUUAUACUCCUAAUGAUGAUAAUACUUUAUCAUAUAGCCAUAGAGAAAUUCUGCAUGUUCAUAAUAAUUUAAUUUAUGAUAAAAAUACAAAUAUAAUGGUAUUAGUUAGUGAUGAAAAUAUAAAAAUGGAGAGUAAAUAUAUUUCUAUGAACGAGCAAUAUUAUAAUGAUAAAAUUAGGAAAAGAUAUCAAAACAACAAUUAUGAUAAUAACAAUGAUAAUAAUAAUGAUAAUAAUAAUGAUAAUAACAAUGAUAAUAAUAAUGAUAAGAAGAGUUACGGUGGAAACAAUAGCACCUUUAAAGAGUUUGAGAAAUACAAAAAAAAUCUAAAGUUUAAAAACAAAGAUGAAAUAAAUUAUGAAAAAAAUAUAUUUAUGGAAACAUACCGCUAUGAUGCUGAUACAGGUGACCAUCUAUUGUUGGAAACCCGAUAUGAGACAAAAGCGGAAAAACAAUUCCCCGAAAAAAAUGAGGGAAAAAAUGACGAAAAAAGUGGCGAAAAAAAUGGGGGAAAAAAUGGCGAAAAAAAUGGCGAAAAAAAUGGCGAAAAAAAUGGCGAAAAAAACGGGCUUAAUUACAGUAAUAUAUAUAUAAAAUGCGUAAAAAAUUCACAUAGUACGCAAAAACCAAUAUAUAUAUACACAAAUGAUAAAAUGAAAAACCAUUAUUUUAAUGAAUAUACAAAUUUUAUAUUAAAAAAAUGGAAAAAAAAAAGUUUUGUAUCUUUUUACUUUAAACAGCCAAUAUCACUAGACGAUUUAAAAAGCCAAACAGAAAAUGGUGAUAUUAAUAUAAAUGAUAUUAUUCAUAAUUAUAAAUUACCAUAUAUAAAUUUAGAAAAUUCCAAAUUAUAUAUUGAUGAUAUUAUUUCUUACAAAAAUCAAAAAAUAUAUCAUGUUAAAAUUAAUUCUCCUGGAAAAACAUUCUUAUCUUAUCAAAAUGAAAAUAUACCAUUUAUUCAUUAUAACUCUAAUGUAGUUAAAUAUCUUUGUAUAGAUCUUUCCAGAAUUUAG